CCUGCUCGGACUAAAAAUGAAUACUCCUACUCUUGUUAGGGAAAUACUCGCAAAAGAAAAUCGAUAGGGUUUAAGGGUUUUAAGCAAAAUAGAGAGAAAGGAGAAAGGGCAAACAAAUGGAGAAGAAUACGGGAAGUGAGACGAAGACAAUGAAUGGAGGAGGAGGAGGGUUCAGGGCAAAAUUGGAGCAUGUCCUAUAUAGCGGCGAAAAGAAGCACGUCGUAGCUGGCAUCGCCGUCAUCAGCGUCGUCUUUGGCGUUCCCUGGUACUUCAUGACCCGAGGCUCCAAGCAACAAUCUCACCAAGAUUACCUGGAAAAAGCUGAUAAGGCACGGAGUGCGAGACUCUCUGCUGGUUCAGCUUCAGCUAAAUAAUGGAUGCCACAGAAAGAGUUAGUUUAAUCAAGUUUGCGCUGUCAGUUCCUUAAGGCUUUUGAGGUAGGAGCAUGCUAUUCUCUGAGGACAUGUUGAAAUGCCUCUCUCUUUUGGACAAACUUGUGUUAUAUUUCAUACAAAACCAGACACAACGGAAUAACAUAGUUUGUGUUCGUUAUCUUCAUAUUGGAAUUCAUUCAAUUCUCUAUCUCCCUUGCGUGUACUUUUUUCAGAAUGUAGCCUUUCUUGUCACGUUCAC